AUGAAUUUGGGAAUUACGAUUAGAAGAUUUGUGGCGAGUAAUGCUUCCGCGCUCAGCAAACCAAAACGCUUCUAUAAGGUGAGUUUUAGGCGGGAAAUUUGAAAAAUGAUGUAAUUCUGAAAUUUUAGGAAGUUUCAAUCGUCAAUGAAUCUGAUGAAAAAGGCAAUCAAAUUCAUAAAAUUCUUCUCGAUCAUCGGACACUAAAAACACAAGGUGGAAAGAUUUUAAAGGUGAAUUUUAAAAUUUUAUUGAUUAUUCGGAGAAGUUUUUCUUUUAAACAAAAGUGGGAUUUUUCGUAUUUACAAGAUUUACUGCACAUUGUCGUGGAGUAAUUUGUGAUGCUUUCGAAGAAAUUGAUGAUUUUCUAGAGGAAAAUCGCGAUUUAAUCAUUUCUGAGUCGAUUUUUCGGCAUAAUAAGUAGAGCAAAAAUAGGAACUGAAAAUAAAAUUUGUGGAAAGUUAGGAUAAAUUUCACUUACCACAAAAAACACAAAAACUACCAAAAUAUGAAGUCCGGCGUUGUGAAUUGUCAUUUUUUCAUUUUCCGUUGGAAGAAUAUUCGAAUUUUUAUCAAUAAUAAAAUAAUCGAUAUGUAAAUAUCUCUCAAAAAGUUUUUGGCAAAUGUAUAAAAUAAUAAAAUAAAUAAAAAUAUAAGUAGAAAAUGUCUUAUUUACUCUCGUGUAGGCUGUUUGUAUGAUUUUGUAUGAUUCAAAGUAAAAUAACACUAAAAAACGAUAAGACUUUUUUAGUUCAGAAAAAAAAGUUUUAUGUAUUUUUUAAUGCGAUUAUUGCUACUUUUUCCGGGCAUAAAAAUUGUUUUUUUAGUCAGUCAGGAAAUACGGUUUUUUUUACAUUUUCAGCUCGAUUCCUAUCCUUUGGCCUUGGCGAUUGCUGAAGAAUGGGCUUCCCAAAAUGAAUUUUUGAGAUUGGGACAAAUGCGGUUGACUGGUUUGGCUUUCACUGCUCAGGAUAAUCCGUUGGAGCAAACCACGUGAGUCAUUUUUUGGGGAAGGGAAAUUUAGAGCUGAGAGUUAUAGGCGGAAUACUCCAAGAAAAUUUGAAACGUAGUUUUCCUGUCGCAAAAAUUUCUGAAAAAAAAUUGAAAAAAAUUUUCAAAUAGUUUUUUAUUCGCCAAACUAAUUUUCGAACGUGGACUUUUGAAAAUCCCCAAAAAUUUUAAUUUUGAAAAAAUUUCCAGAAGUAAUAUUUCAUUCAAAAAAUCAAAAUCUGGAUAAUUCUCUAUGAAAAAAAUCGGAUAAGUAAAUUUUUUCAGAAAUUGUUAUUUAGAAAAUGAAAGCUGAAUAUUUGAAGACAUUCCUCAUUUUUCUAGCGAAUCAAUAACUCAAAAAGUGCUCGAUUAUGUUGACGGCGACACUGUUCUAUUUUUCAACAAUGAAUCGGAAAAAUUGGAAAGAUAUCAAGAGGAAAAUUGGCGACCGCUAAUUAAUAAUUUGAACAACGAUUUGAAUAUUCAAGUUCGACCAAGUCAAAAUAUUUUGGAUUGUGACGUGGCAAGUGAACAGGAUAAAGAGAAAAUUGAACGAUGGAUUAAAUCGCAUAAUUUUCCGGCAUUGAUUGGAUUGCAAUAUGCUACUGAAUCGGUGAGUAAAAAAUAAAUCAGGGAAUUUCAGCGAAACAUAUUCUGAUUGUUUUCCAGAUCAAAUCCUUCGUCGUCGCCUACAAUGCAAUUCGUCAUCACAUUGAUGCUGAACAAGCCGUCGAUGCUACAACUCUCGAACAAAGAACACAAGCUGAAACAUGGGGAACUGUUGAAUGGUCGCAUGGAUUGGAAAGAGAAGAAUUGAUUUCGAGAUUAUCUGCCGCUUGUCUUUUUGUCUAUUUCAAUUCCAAUAAUUUGACAUCCAAAGUUAUUGAAAAUUCGGCGAGGGCUUAA